UGACAUAAACUGCGCAUCAAUAGUGGACGAAAUAUCACUGGCUUAAGAGGUAAAACAUUCUGAAACAAUACCUUUCUUGUAAAUAAUAUUAUAAUAUAACAUUUUUAUUAAACAUAAUAAUAUUAUUAUUACUACUAAUAAUAACAAUAAAAUUGAUUAUAAUAGAAAUUAUGAAUUAAGAUCAUUAAUUGAAUGCUCGAGAGAAGAAAAGGUUUCUUAAGACAAAGAAAAAUAAUUUGCAACAGCACAAAGAGUAAAUUAAUUAACGUCUAUUAAUUACUUCGUUAACAUAUACUAUUAUACGAAAUUAAUUAUAUUGAAAAAAAUUGUAACAUUAUUCAUUAAAAAUGAAAUUAAUUGUUGUUCUUGGAAACAUUAUAACAAUUACACUUGUUACAUUGCCAAUUUUUAAAUCUAUAACAAUUUUCGAUGAUGAUCGAAUACUUGAGUUUUUGGAGGAAGAAAAUCUAAAACUUAAAAUAAAAAAUAAUUAUUUUAAUGAAGGUCAAAUAUUGAUGUUGAAUGAUUUUGUUUUUAACAAGGAGGAAAUAUAUAAAUAUGCUGAAUAUGUAAACGAAACUCUACAAAAACCAAAAUGGAUUGAGUCGCAUAGACUGGAAAAUCCAGAAUUAUAUAAAUUAUUGCGAUUUAGUAAUUAUGUCGAAUCAAUUCCUUUAAAAAUGGAUAAAAUGAUUAAAGGUUUAACCAAACUUCAAAACGAAAUCUUUCAAAAUUCACUUAACGUUUCAAUUCUACGAACAUGUCAAGAUUAUACAAAAAAAAAUUUUUGUAAACUAAUUUCAUUGGAGAAUUAUUUUGCUAUUCAGAUUCUAGGAAAAAAUUUUAAUCAAGUUAGAAAAGAAAAUCCCGUAGGAUGGAGAAUGAGAAGAGCACUAUAUAGUUUGGCUCUUCGACAGUACAAUCAAAAUUUAGAUUUCAAUUUUUCACCAAUUAUUUGCUAUUCUAGACAUUUAGUAGACGCGAGUGUCAUUUACGACAAAGUCGAGGGAGAAAUUUUUAAAACAGGAAACUUUUCGUUGUGCAGUAGCAAAAAGAUUCAUCCAGAAAUAAGCUCAAGUUCUUCUAUUGCUGAUUUGAAUAACUCUACUUUAUACUGGACUUUUUAUGAAUAUGUAAUAACUGAUCGCAAGUUGAUAGUAUAUUUAGAAAAAAUCAUACAAAGAAAUAAUAAAAAGCUUUACUUUUUUCUUCCUGAUGUAAAAUUGAAGAUAGUAAAUGGUCCAGUAGUUUACAACACAAUCUUUGGAUUAGUAGCAUUUUCUAAAGUAAAAACUGUACGUAUUCGUGAAACUUCAAAAUGGCUUGCAAAAAUGGCGAAUAAUAUCGAAAAGUAUGAAAAAGAAGAAAUAAAAUAUUUUAAUCAGUACAACCGCGUAAAAAUGAUGCGAGUAUAAGUGAGUAGCGAAUUUGAAAAAAGAUAAAAACAAAUCUCACUUAGCAAGAACUUUUUUUAACAACCAAAUUUUGUUUGAUACAAUUAAAUUAACUGCAUUGCUAUACAGUUCUUUCUUCUGUGUUUUUCAUGUUAAGUUUGGAUUUUUUAUUGUAAUUGUAAUUUUUAGUUGAAUCAUUGUUCGGUGAACAAAAAAUUUGCAUUUGUUUUACCAAAUUGUUUCUUUCAAAGCAAAAAUUAUUUAACUGAAGAAAUGCUACUUUAAAAAAGUUAAUAUUUUUUGGUGUUAAGCAUGAAAUGAUGAUGAGUCUAUUUUGUCGGUUCUUUGCAAAAGUUGUAAUUUUCUGCCAGUUACAAAAGUUUUCAACAAAUUUUAUGUUUCACAACUAUUGCAAUAAUUAUUUAAUAAUUGUAAAUGAUAAGUAAUUUUAAUAAUAAUUUUCUUCAAUUUUUUUCCUUUUGUCGUAUAUUUAAAGAUUUUUAUUAUUUUCCAUGCUCCUAAAUAAUUUGUAUACAAAAUUUAAAUUUUAUUUUACGUUCUAGAAAUUAGUUUAUUUGCAUUUUAUGUAAAACGUUUUAGUGUGAAAAUAUUUAAUUGGAAAACCGAAAUUUGUGUCUAUUUAUGCGUCUCAAUGUACUUCAUACUUUGUAAUUUAUCAUCUACAUUAAUAAAAUUAUACUUUUGUGUGAA